AUGCUUCAAAAACAAUUCCACGGUGAUUAUUUAUGCCAACGUUGUGGCUGCCUUAAAUCAAAAUCUAAUGGUGCACUUAAUAAUUGUGUACCAACAACAACCCAUAAAAAUAUUAAUGGGAGUGAAUUACUUGACCAGCUUGUCUUUUUUCGGCAUGGAAAUCGACCACAACUCCAACAACAACAAAGCACUGAACGUCCAUCCACUUUGGGUCCUUUCAACAAUAAUUCUGCUUCAAUUACAAAACAACCAUUGCCUUAUGAAACAGUCCAGUAUUUGCAUGCUGCUAGCACUUCAAAUGCUUCCUGUGAGGAAAUUAAAGAUAUGUACGGCAAUAAUAAUAAAAACGGUUCUUCUCAACAACAAUUUUGGAUGAAACGUACUAAUGGUGUUGAACCUCCUUCUAGAGAAAGCAAUGGAUGUUCUAUGCAACAACAGCACCCUGGAUUUAUCUUGCCACCAAACUUUUCUAUUUUCACUCGUAAUCCUGCCGAAUUAAUUGGUCAAAUAAUUAAUGUUCGCAUACAAAAAGGCUCAAAAGGAUUAGGUUUGUCGCUAAUUGGUCAGGAUGGGACUCAUAUACGUGAUGAAUUUAUUCAAAUCAAAACAAUCAUUCCAGAAAGUCCUGCAUAUGCUGAAGGUACUCUUCGAUCUGGAGAUGUUCUUGUCUAUGUUAAUCAGCACUGUAUGCUAGGAGCCAGUCAAGAUGAUGCUUGCCAACUUUUUCGUUCAAUUCCUAUUGGUGAAGUUGUCCGUAUUCAAGUUUGCCGUGGAUAUCCAUUACAAUUAGAUCCAACUAAUCGAAUUUUUACGGAAAAUGUUUACGCUCAACACCAACAAAAGGCAAAUUCCUCUUCAAAUAUAUUGAGGCCUUCAAGAGAAAAUAUUGAAAUUGAGAUAUGUAAGGGUCCCAAUGGUUUUGGAUUUACUGUUUAUGAUGAUGCUUUAGGUCAAAGAAUAAAAAAUAUUGCAUAUCCAGAUCAGUGUCCAAAUCUGCUUGAGGGGGAUACAAUUGUUGAGGUUAAUGGCCAAAAUGUUCGUUCUCUUCCACAUCCACAACUUGUACAAAUGCUACAAAACUUCCCAAUCGGUUAUCGUUGUAAAAUGAGAAUUCUGAGGAGGGCUCAGAAGCAACGUUCUCGAACUCCAACGGCAGGAUUUCGUUACGGUUAUCGCGGUGAUGUUGCUUCAGUAACAGAACAAUUACAGCAAAUGCACCCAAAUUGGUCUGCGCCAAAUAGUGGAAAUCAACAGCAACAACAACAACAAAAGUUUGUUCCUCUAUUUACUCAACGCUCAAAAACUCCAUUUGGCGGUCAACAGCAGCAGCCACAUUUACAACAACAACGUCAAACUUCAAUGUAUUUUCAACAGGAACCAAUAAAUCCGGGUGCUGAUGCAAAUAUGGACUAUCAUUGGAAUUGUAUGACAUUACCCAGGUCGACAAAUAAAAAUCAACAAGCACAACAACAACAACAAAUUCAACAGCAACAACAACUUCCGUCCAAUAACAAUCUUUCAAUGAAUCAAUUUAUAAUGGAAAAUCGUCCACAACAACACCAACGAAUCCGUCCCUCCUCGUCAACUAUGGAAUUUGGGAAUGUUGGAAAUUUGAAUGGCCAUUUUGCAAUGCAAUCUGAAAAAGUUGUGGUCAAUUUAUUAAGUCAAUCAAAUGGUUUUGGUUUUCAUCUACAUGGCGGGGCUGAUAAUCAACCUCUUCUAAUUGGUUCAGUAAUCCCUGGAGGAGCAGCGGAUUUAGAUGGUCGUAUGCGUGUCGGCGACCAAAUUAUUGAAAUUGAUGGAGAAACUACAAUGGCAAUGCAACAUAAACAAGCUGUUGAACUUAUUAGACAGGCUUCUACUGUUGGCGCUGUUAAGCUAACCUUACUCAGACAUCGUUCACCUCCUCCUAUUGCAGAGGAGAAUUUUGGUCAAUUACGCAGAAAUGGCUCCGCUUCUGCAAUUUAUGCUGCUAGAGUUCCAUACGAUGUUAAAUUAAUUAAAAUGGAGAAUGAGACUGAUUUUGGCUGUACAAUUGUUUCACACAAGUAUCGCUACAUUGUUUCUCUUAUGCCCAACAGUCCAGCAGGUCGUUGUGGUCAACUUCGAGUAGGUGAUUGUGUUGUGGCAAUUAAUGGGAUGUCGGCUGACAUGAUGAGUCAUCAGCAAAUGCAACAAGAAAUCAGUUCUUCUGGCGCAUCUUUAGUUUUAACAAUUGAUCCAGCAAAGCGAAUAGAAGAAGAAGAUGGAAUAUCAGGAAGAAAUAUUUCUUCAAAUUAUAUUCAGAUGGGUGGUGGAAAUGGCAUUCAGCAACUUCAAAAGCAAAAUGAUUCCCAUCAACCCUCACCAUAUUCUACACUUAUUUCUGUUCAUCUUAAACGUUCUGAUCGUGGUUUUGGUUUUUCAAUUCGUGGAGGUUCUGAAUUUUGUAUGGCUCUAUUUAUAUUGCGUAUAGCUGAUGAAGGGCCAGCCGCUUUCAGUGCUAUGCAGAUUGGGGAUCAACUAAUGAAAAUUGAUGGAGAAUCCACCGAAAAUAUGACACAUCAACGAGCAAUAACACUUAUCAAAGAGCGUCAAGAGGUUGAUUUACUACUUAGGCGAGAGAAAAUUUGA